UGUUUGGUGUGGAAGCGUCCAAAUCAUGUGUUGUUUCAAACGGCAAAUGUCUUCCUCCUGAUGGCCUAUUUGGCCACAAACAGUGUCUUCGGUGUCCUAUACCUGCGCUCGUGUCUCACCAUUGGAUGUCUAUUCCUGUCUCUCUGGGGUUGGAUAGUGUUGUGUGAAUCAGAUAUCAUUGUCUGGAAUGUCAUCUUCACAGCCAUUAACGCCAUUCAUGUCAUUUGUAUUGUUUGGAAAUUACACCCAUUUAUUAGGUUUCCACACGACGUUGAGAUGGUCUACAGAAAUCUGUUCCAACCGUUAAGAGUGUCGCGAAAUGCAUUUAAAACCAUAUACUUCUGUACGCGAGAGAUCCAGACACUCAAGUCUAAUGAUAUCUAUGCCAUCGAAGGCCGCACUCGAGUCGAUAGACUGACACUGUUAUUGUCGGGACGGGUGUCCAUCAUAAGGGGCGGUCAGACUCUUCAUAUUAUAGACAGUCAUCAGUUCCUGGACUCUCCCGAAUGGUUUGGCGUCGGCUCUCAUGAGACAUAUCAGGAAUCUCGACUCUUGGUCUGGAAUAGGGAUAAACUCAAACUCUCCAUCUCUUGUGAUCCAUACCUUCAGACACUUCUGGACAACAUUUUGGGCAAAGAUGUGGUGAAAAAGUUGCUAUUAGUCUCUGAUUCUGUUAGCAAUCAACAGACGGGUGCCGGCGAACGGACCAAACUUAUUGUACCCACACAUCGAGCUAUGGACCAACUUAUCAAAAGAAGUCCAAUCAAUAGCAACGAAUCAGACGCCGAGACAUGUGUUUGA